UCCUCAGUAGAGAGCGCUGCAGAUCACUCGCCGCUGCCGCUCCCGGUUCUCCCCGUCCCGCCCGGCCGCCCCAACGCUCGUGUCGCUCGAAUCCCUAGCCCCCGCGGAAGGCGGAACAGCAGCGGCUCGUCGUCCCCAUCCCCAUCGCGGUUCCGAUCCCCGUCCGGUUCCUCUUCUCGCAGAGGUUUGAUUCCUCCGCUGUGGAUCGGUCUCUCUGGAAGAGCCUGAAGUUUCGGAAACUCGAUUCCUCAAGCCUGAAGGUGCCAGGAUGUCGAAUGUGACCGUGUGCGUGCGGUUCAGACCGCUGAGUCACAAGGAGAGGAAGGCUAAUGCUGACAAUGUAUGCUUCAGGAAACUGGACUCCGAGUCUUUUGUGUUCAAGGAUGAGAGGGAAGACGAUGUUGUAUUCAGCUUUGACAAGGUGUUCUAUGAAGAUGCGCAACAGUCUGAUGUCUACAACUUCCUUGCAGUGCCCAUUGUUUCAGAUGCCAUCAACGGAAUAAAUGGGACUAUAAUUACUUAUGGUCAGACUGGGGCUGGAAAGACAUAUAGCAUGGAGGGGCCAAGCAUCUUGCACUGCAAUGAGCAGAAAACUGGACUAGUACAGCGAGUUGUGGAUGAGCUAUUUAUAUGUUUAAGAUCAUCAGCAGGCACGUGGACUGUGAAGUUGUCAAUGGUGGAGAUAUAUUUGGAAAAAGUGAGGGACCUUCUUGACUUGUCAAAAGACAACCUACAGAUCAAGGAGAGUAAAACCCAAGGGAUAUACAUUGCUGGUGCAACAGAGAUAUCUAUCUUGAACAGUUCGGAUGCAUUAGAGAACCUUUCUCAAGGUAUCGCCAACAGAGCUGUUGGGGAAACACAAAUGAAUCUGGCUAGCAGUAGAAGUCACUGCUUAUACAUUUUCUCAGUACAACACGGAUCCACUUCAGAUGAGAGGGUAAAAAUGGGGAAGAUUAUUCUUGUCGACUUGGCUGGUUCUGAGAAAGUUGAGAAAACUGGUGCUGAAGGACGGGUUCUUGAUGAGGCAAAAACAAUCAACAAAUCCCUCUCAGCUCUAGGAAAUGUCAUCAAUGCCCUAACGACUGGUAAACAGAACCAUGUGCCUUUCCGUGACUCAAAGCUUACACGCAUUCUCCAAGAUGCAUUGGGUGGCAACUCAAGAGCAGCGUUGUUGUGCUGCUGUUCUCCUAGCCCAUCAAAUGCACCAGAGAGUCUGUCUACGCUUCGUUUCGGAACCAGGACAAAGCUCAUAAAGGCUUCUCCCAAAUCUAUUCCUGAGGUUGCGGACAAUGUCAAGAAGCCCAUCCUUGGGACCAAUGAUCAAGAUGAUCUGCGUGAUAGGAUACUAAGCAAGCUAAGGUUGAGCCUGAAGGAGGAAGAUGUAGACCUCCUGGAGGAAUUGUUCCUGCAAGAAGGCAUCAUUUUCGAUCCCAACUCCAUCACGGACGUCGACUCGGCCUGCCAGGAUACCGCGAGUGAGGAGAUCUCGUUGCUGAUGCAAGCCGUGGAAGAGCUCAAAGGAACCGUCGAAGAGCUCACCGACGAGAACGAGAAGCUGAGGCGGGAGCUCGACGUCGCGCGGGAGAUCGCCGCUCAGGCCCAGCUUGCUGCUGCUGCUGCUGGAGCAGAAGCCCGGAGCCGUACCCUGCUUGAUUUCGUGCCGGCACCCCUCCUCCUGCCGUUUGGGUUUGUACCAGACUGACGACUAGAGCCAAUAUCGAAUGUCUGUCCGUGUAUCUCGACUCAUCAUCACAUAUGAGGAGCUAGCGAACGAACCAUGUCAUACAUAUUUGAAGCAUAAACCUUGGAACAAUUGGUGGUGCACUUGCAGGACGGAUCAUGGUGAAUGCUUGAAGGAUCAACCUGUUUGAAAUAGCUCGAAAACAGUUGAUUAUUUGCACA